GCCGCGCCCUCGCGCUGUCCCUGCGACUUCGCCUUUCCGCGCCGGGCAGGGUUACUGCUCGUUCUUGGGUGGGUGGCCUCCGCGCCCUGCCGUCGAGAAACUGCGGGAAGGAGCCCGAUCCCGGCUCUGCAGGUGGGCGGCGGGGUUAGCGACGCGGCCCGGGCGCGGUGCGCUCGGAGCCGCCCGAGUGCGGCUCAUGUAGCAUUCGUUAUACGGUGAUGUGAAUCAGAAAGCCCACCUUUCACGGGGAGAUCCCACAGAAGCAUCUGUUGAACGAGGUAGGCAGGCACGAGAUCUGAAGAGAUUUCCUGGAUGUGGAAUGUGAACCUUUAAAACCACCCCUGCACCGGGCCCUGUCUGUGGGAACAAUGUUUGGGAGGUUGACUCUUCCGCAGCUGCUUUUUGCAAGCAUCCUUGGAAUUGCUGGAGGAAUAUAUAUUUAUCAACCAAUAUUUGAACAGUACUCCAGAGAGCAAAAAGAAUUAAAAGAAAAGGUGAAAUGGGCACAAGAAUCACAAGAAAAGAAAAGUUAAUGCUGCAUGAAGUUGAAUUGUAACAGUUGGUUAAAUUUCCACUGAAAUCACACAUUAAUUAUAAACUUAUAGGCACAAAUAAAUCAUAAUAACUUAAAAUGACUUUUUAGACUAGCACUGUUAAUACUUACUGCAUUUUUUUUUUUUUAAUUUGAGAGAGAUCAGUCCCAUCCCUUGGUUGGUUCGCUCUCCAAAUGCUCCCAACAACCGCACUGGGCUGAGCCAAAGCCGUGAGCUGGAAAGUCCACCCAGUCUCCCAUGUAGAUGGCAGGAACCCAAAUGCUUACGGACUUAUCACUGUCUCCCUAGAUCUGCGUUAGCCAGAAGCUGGUGUCAGGAACCUGGAAUCAAACCUACAUACUUCAGUUUUGGAGGCGGGCGUUCUAUUGGCGUCUUAGGCCAGACAUCCACUCUUUGACAUUUUUUAAGAAUACUGACCUGUUGUAUAGAAUGUCCCUUAAAUUGAGUACGUUGAUCCUUUCUUAUAUUUACAUAGAUUCAAUUUGAUAAAGAUAUAUCAGCAUGAUUCAUGAAUUCAUUGCUUGGGUUACAGUCUAACAUUAGGGCUGGCUGCAUGAUUUGUAGACUCUAGUACAAAUGAAAAUGCAGGGGUCGGCAGGGGAGCAGCACUGUAGCUUAGUGGGCUGAGCCUCUGCUUGCGGCGCCGGCAUCCCAUGUGGCCGCUGGUUUGAGUCCUGGCUGCUGCGCUUCUGAUCCAGCAUCCCUGCUGAUGGCCUUCUGUGGGAGACCCGGAAGAAGCUCUUGGCUCCUGCCUUCUGACUGGCCCAGCUCUGGCCUUUGCAGCCAUUUGGGGACUGAACCAGUGGAUAGAAGACCUCUCUUUGUGUCUUUCCCUCUCUCUCUCUCUAACUCUGCCUCUCAAGUAAAUCUUAAAAAAAAAAACAAAAA